AUGUGGCCUGAAUUCAGCUUACAAGGCAAUUAUAAGUGGAUUAAUCUUUUACUAACUCUCAUAUCAAAGUACAAUAAUAAAAAGCAUCGUACUAUUGGUAUGAAACCCAAAGAUGUUACCGUAGAAGAUACAAGAGAACUGCUGAGACGUAUUCGAUAUACUCCCAACUGCACAACGGAAAUAUUCACUGUGGACCAAGUUAAAUCGACAAAACCAGUAACAUACAAGCUGAAAGAUUACCAAAAUCAGCCCACCGAAGGUGGUUUCUAUGAGGAGGAACUGCUGAAAGUCCAGUAUCCAGAUGUUUACCUUGUUGAGAAAGUCCUGAAAACUCGUGGUAAUGAUGUCUACGUGAAAAGGCUUGGAUUUGAUAGCUCGCAUAAUAGUUGGAUAAAAAAUCUGAUAUGUAAUAUAGUUAAAUUAAAGUUAAAAUAA